AAAAAAAAAAUUUGCCCAUUUUGUUGCGUGUGCACCUCUUGCCAUAAAUUUGAGUCAGCACCAAUGACAGCUCUGCAGUCCUCCUAUGUGGUACUGAUCAGGUGGUUGCAGAGCUUCAGCUCACAGCAACACAAUGCAGCUGAGCAGGCAAGCACAGCCCACAGCCAGAAACGGUUCCGACUCUCCAGAACAAGACGACCUUUAAGCUUUAAGUUUCCCGGAGAAAAUGAGGUGCUGAUGUUGAAGACGACACUAUGGCUUUGAUGGAAUAUCAGACAUUGAAAAUGUCUCCCUGCCUGUUCAUCCUUCUGUUUCUCACUCCUGGUAUUUUGUGCAUUUGUCCUCUCCAAUGUAUAUGUACAGAGAGGCACAGGCAUGUGGAUUGUUCAGGCAAAAACUUGACUACAUUACCAUCUGGACUGCAAGAGAAUAUUAUAUACUUAAACCUGUCUUAUAACCACUUUACUGAUCUGCAUAACCAGUUAACCCAAUAUACCAAUCUGAGGACCCUGGAUAUUUCAAACAACAGGCUUGAAAGCUUGCCUGCUCAGUUACCUCGGUCUCUCUGGAACAUGUCUGCUGCUAACAACAACAUUAAACUUCUUGACAAAUCUGAUACUGCUUAUCAAUGGAACCUUAAAUAUCUGGAUGUUUCUAAGAACAUGCUGGAAAAGGUUGUCCUCAUUAAAAAUACACUAAGAAGUCUCGAGGUUCUCAACCUCAGUAGUAACAAACUUUGGACGGUUCCAACCAACAUGCCCUCCAAACUACUUAUUGUAGACCUGUCUCAUAAUUCCUUGACACAAAUCCUUCCAGGAACAUUAAUAAACCUCACAAAUCUCACACAUCUUUACCUGCACAACAAUAAGUUCACAUUCAUUCCAGAUCAAUCUUUUGAUCAACUCUUUCAGUUGCAAGAGAUAACUCUUUACAAUAACAGGUGGUCAUGUGACCACAAACAAAACAUUACUUACUUAUUGAAGUGGAUGAUGGAAACAAAAGCCCAUGUGGUAGGGACUCCCUGUUCUAACCAAAUAUCAUCUUUAAAGGAACAUACCAUAUAUCCCACACCUUCUGGAUUUACGUCAAGCGUAUUCACUGUAAGUGGGAUGCAGACAGUGGACACUAUUAAUUCUCUGAGCAUGGUAACUCAACCCAAAGUGACCAAAAUACCCAAACAAUAUCGAACAAGGGAAACAACGUUUGGUGCCACUCUAAGCAAAGACACCACCUUUACUAGCACUGAUAAGGCUUUUGUGCCCUAUCCAGAAGAUACAUCCACAGAAACCAUCAAAACACAUGAAGCAGCAGCUGCAACUCUAACUAUUCAUCUCCAAGAUGGAAUGGUUACAAACACAAGCCUCACUAGCUCAACAAAAUCAUCCCCAACACCCAUGACCCUAAGUAUCACUAGUGGCAUGCCAAAUAAUUUCUCUGAAAUGCCUCAACAAAGCACAACCCUUAACUUACGGAGGGAAGAGACAACCACAAAUGUAAAGACUCGCUUACCUUCUGUGGCAAGUGCUUGGAAAGUCAAUGCUUCAUUUCUCUUAAUGCUCAAUGUUGUGGUCAUGCUGGCUGUCUGAGGGUCUGUAUUUUCUGAAACUAAUGAAAGCACUCCUCUCGAUGUACAGUUGGGAAAAUAUGCCCCUAUCUAACCAGUGAUUCAAGCUAUAUUAAGUAUUCAAGAAAGCCGGUCUUACAUUUCUGACUGAUGUAAAUGAAGUAACUUGUAUUAAAAUAAAAGAAGUGCACAAUGUCUUGGUACUUGCUGCUAUUUUACUGUCUUAAGUAAAACUAAUGAGUUUCUUUUUUUUAAUGAAAUGUUUUCUUUUUAAAGCUUCAAUUUAUUGCACAAAAUAUAAAGCAUCUAAACUUUAAUAUGUAUUUUAUGUAUGUUUACACUGUCAAACGUGGGGAAAAAAUAAAAGGUCUAUGCUCAUAA